UUUUGUGACCCUAAAGAUAUAAUAAUGUUUGACAUUUUUGUUACCCAGUAAUGUGGACUUUAGACAUCCUAACCACGCUGCUGACUCUAACUCUUUACCAGACUUUCACCUAGUUCUUGAGCCUCACUGCAGGCUCCAGUGCUAGUCCCGGAGAAAAUCAGACAAGGGUUGAAACCAUUGACACAGUCAGUUAUUCAGCUAUUCCUAACGCAGGUGUACAGUUUCCUGUAGUGAGCAGAUCAGGGCCCACAGGGACACUGCAUGCUUGCCCUGGGCUGUUACUAGUUUCAUGGAAACAUGUACUAAUUGUGUCACUGUGUUUUCUUGUCACAUUGCCCCCUUUCUAGGCCGCUCUGGUACCAUUUAUUUAAACUAUGCAACCAUCUGGCCCAGGUGCCCUAGAGAUUGAUGAGCAGCACAAGGCCACCACAAGCACAACCGCCACCCGGCCAUCCCAGCUAUUUCCUCCAGCAUUCUAGACAUCAUGGCGUCCGAGGGUGGGUCCAACCGGCUUCGCGUGUUCGGGAGAUAAUGCACUCUUCCCAGUGGAAUCUUCUCGGGGCCGCGAGCGUUGCCCGCCCAUUAGGUGGCGCCGGGUCCCUCGAGCAGGUCGCUCAACAACUCCCGCCCAGCAGCCGCCCUUACUGCGCGCGCGCAGACCCCGGCGUCUACUUCCGGUGUGGCCCAGGCCGGGUCCGCAGAACCAGGUAUGUCGGCCUACGGCAUGCCCAUGUACAAGAGCGGGGACCUGGUGUUUGCCAAGUUAAAGGGCUAUGCCCACUGGCCGGCGCGGAUAGAGCACAUGACCCAGCCCAACCGCUACCAGGUGUUUUUCUUCGGGACCCACGAGACGGCCUUCCUGAGUCCCAAACGCCUGUUCCCGUACAAGGAGUGCAAGGAGAAGUUCGGCAAGCCCAACAAGAGGCGCGGCUUCAGCGAGGGGCUGUGGGAGAUCGAGAACAACCCCACAGUCCAGGCCGCCGACUGCCCAUUAGCCUUGGAGAAGGGCGGCGGAGACGGGCCCCGGCCGGAGCCUGAGGCCGCGGAGGGCGACGCGGACAAGCCGACUCACGCUGAUGGCGGCGGCGACGACCUGGGGAAGCCGCACGACGACAAGCCCGCUGAGGAGAAGGAGGAGAAGGGGCCGCUGAAGAGGAGCGCGGUGGACCCGCCGGAGGACGCCCCCAAACGACCCAAGGAGGCAGCCCCCGACCAAGAGGAGGAGGAGGAGGCGGAGGCGGAGGCGGAGGAGGCGGAGGCGGCGGAGGCGGCGGCGGCGGCGGCGGCGGCCUUCGACGAGGAGAGUCCGCUCCUCGUGGCGGUGGAGAACGGCAGCGCCCCUAGGGAGCCCGGCCUGGCCUGCGAGCCGCCUCAGCCAGAGGAGGAGGAGCUCCGGGAGGAAGAAGUUGCCGACGAGGAGGCCUCCCAGGAGUGGCAUGCCGAGGCACCGGGCGGCGGAGAUCGCGACAGCGUGUAGUUACCAGCGUUUCCAGAAGAGCCCCUGCCCCGUUCCUGCUGCGGCCUGGCUGUUCCUGGGGAAUCUGGCCAUGGCCUGCAAACUGGGACUGCCUUUCCCCCCUCCCCAGCCCGUCCUCCUCCAACCUACACUCCCUUGCCCUGCCCGGCCCCUGGAUGGCAGAUCACCUGACUCUCACCUCUGUGCCCCCACGUCUCUGUGAUCUGAGUCAGGGCCUCAGUUCCCUCCCUGGGAUAAAGUGAGGCCACCAUCCCCACUUUCCUCUCCCUCUUCUCCCCGCUCAACAUCCCCCCCACCCCGUUGCCUGGAUCCGUUUCCGACUUGGGGCUCAGGCAGGCUGUUUUAACCUCUAGACACCCCUCCCUACCCCUCCUGCUCCCCCAGGCAUCAUGGACCUCUGCUUAGGAAUGUGGGUAGGAGCGAAAGGCCUGAAAGAUGAAGAGCAGGGGGCACUUUCAGUCUUCAAACUGUGGUAGUUAGCGGGCAGGAGAGUGACAUCUUCCUGAGCUCCCGUCCACGCCUGCCAUACCUCCCAGCUUCAGACAUUCAGGGAAACGUGGGGCAGCAUGUGGGGAAUCCCCCCCCCGCCCCCACAAAUCGUUUUGCUGACCCAAGAGGUUCCGGGAGUUGCCGUUUUUCAUCAAAACAUUUGGGGGCUUCCAAGUUGUUUGUGAGAUCUGAAAACUUGACUUUGCCUAGUAUCCUGAGUGGGGACCUUGAGAAAUAUCUGUCUCCAUGUAGAUCUCUGGGGCCACUGAUGGGAUACCCUGGGAAGAUCCUUGGCUGCCGCUUUCUCUCCCCACAGCCUCAAGGCCACCCUACGGUCAUACAUACCACUCAGGCGUAAAGACACAUAUUUUAGAAAAUCUUUUUAAUAAAAGGAAGUUCCAAAAAAUUUUUAAGAACUACCCCUAGGUGUGCCUCCACACUGGCCCUAGCUUUCCCAUUGCUAUUCCAUUUUUGAGAUAAACUAGAAGGCUCACUUUCUGUUUGAGGUUUUAUGACUUGUAGUAAGGCUUUGCUGUUCCUCAGUGUCAUUUUCCACUCAGGUACCAUCACCUGGUCCCAUCAACAGGUCUAGUAUGUAGCCCACUGAUAAAACAGAGGAAGAUGUGUCUCCUCCCACCCUCUUCCUAAUGGUCUAUGUGCCUUUCUCCAUAUAUUGUCUCUUUACCCCUUCCCCUCUCCCUUGGGCUCUGAUGAAAAAUUGUUGACUGCAGCUUCGGAAGUUUAGAUCUGAGAACCAACCGUAGAAUAUUUCAGUUCUAGGAAAUAAAACCAGUUGAUUAAAGCAAA